GGAUUUGCUUUUGAGAGGGAGUUGAUAGUAAUAACAAGACUUUUAAGCGUGCGUAGAAGCUAGAAGUUUAAUCGUCACAUGUUUGGUUGAAACCUUUUCCCCAUUUGCUUUCAAAUACCGUUUAUUGAACAGAAUGACCACUUCUCAACAAUUAUUUCGGCUGCAUUGGAAAAACCAUUCGCCAAACUUUGUGACUGUCUUUUCCCAGUUGUUGAAUACAGAAUCCCUAGUGGAUGUGACAUUGGCUGCUGAUGGAAAACAGAUUCAAGCCCAUCGUGUAGUGUUGUCAGCCUGUAGCACUUACUUUCAGGACCUAUUCGUUUCACAUCCUUGUCAACAUCCAAUUGUCCUAUUGAAAGAUAUAAGAUAUGAGGACCUUCACACGGUUAUUCAUUUUAUGUAUUAUGGUGAAGUAAACAUAAAACAUGAUCAACUCAAUUCAAUUCUUAAGACUGCCGAAGUCCUGCAUGUGAAAGGAUUUGCAGAUGUAGCAGACAAGGAAUCAUUCAGUGCGGCUCUUUUGACCCAGCAAACUCGGUCGUUAGAUAAUUUUCCAGAAAGUCAACAACACUCUGAACAGUCACAAGAACACCCAGGAGAAAGUGCCUCGGCUGCCAAGCGUAAACGCCAAAGACAUGGAUCUGGUAGUAUCCAGUUGAAAUCAGGGCCCCAAGACCAACCAUCUCCUAAUUCACCCCUUCAAAAGAGGCAAAGUUUUCAGAGUAGCAAGCAAACAACAGAUUUAUCAACCAGAUCUUCAAGCAGUCUUGACAGCACAUCGGUUAUCAAAUCACAGAGCAGUCUUGCGGGACAAAGUUCCGUAGAAUCCAACGUUGACAUGGAAUAUUUUCCCAAAGAAAGUGAUCUUAAACCACCCCCUAUUAGUUCAACCGGUUCCCUUGAUACUGCAACCGCUAUGAUGGAGAAUGGAGCUUCGUGUGGUCUACCCUUGUCAAAGCAGAAAAGGAUCUUAAUGCGACAAGAUUGUGUGACAAGAAAAGAAGGCGAUAAGGACGCCAUUGGUGGUGGUGAAAGCGAACGUGCCUCUCCUAUAGUUCAUACCUUUCAACCUAUUCUCCCCAAGAUAUUGAAAAGCAACAGUGAAACUGAAUUAUCCGAUUCGAGACCGCGAUCUCAAAAUACAGCAUAUCUUCAAGUACCUUCACGACCGACUGCCCCCCAGGUGAUUGGGCAGCGAUCUCAACCCAUUCAACCUCGCCCAUCAGGUACAACCCUGUCACCUGCCUCGGGCGUCGCCACAAGUCCAUCCUCACCUCAACCAAUGAACAUACCCACAGUAGCUGUUACACCUGUCAGUGCCGCCCCAAACAUUGUAAUUGAGCAUUAUCCUACCAUUAUACGCUUAGUUUCCAUUGAGGAAAUGAAUACUGUAGCAGAACCCCCAACCUCCACGCCUCCCACGCUUACUAGAGCUUCAAGUUGUAUAGGUGGAACCGCCACCGAUACUUUACAAGUACCUUGUUUUACUGUGGAUACUGUUCCGUCAUCAUCUUCCCAUAGCUCGCCGAAGCUUCGUGUCAAGGCAGAAGAAAAUUUGAGAAGAUCGAUUUCUAAUCCUGGCGUGUCUUCUUCCCCGCCCGUCUCCACUCCCAGCACCAACGGUCACUGUCCAGUACUGCGAACAGGGGCCGCCCUCGGGUGCAAUUACUGUUGGAACACUAAUGACAGCCAUGGCCGGAUUUUAAGGAGAAAAACAAAGUAUCAUUGCCCAGAUUGCCAGGCAAAUUUGUGUAUUGUUCCCUGUUUUCAGGAAUAUCAUGAGAAAUAUGUUUCAUCCUCCAGUGAAACUAAAACCAGUGGGUCCCAGCAAAAAGGAUCGAAUACUAGCCAUCAGAUGUUCAAAAUGAGUUCGUUUUGAGGUAUCAAGGUUGUUGAACGAAUGUGCAAUUAGUUUUGUGCGUUAGUCCAUCGCAAAACUAUUUCCCCCUUUUGAUGUUUCUCGAGUUUUUCACAGUUAUCUCGACACAAACCUCCCCUUCUUCAUGACUGCCGUUUGUGUAAUUGGACAACGUUGUUACGGUUGUUCAAUAGCUUCAGCACCUACUUUGAUGAGACGCUGAUGCGAGGCGUAAUAGCCGAGGGCGUUUAUGAUUUACUUGUUAAGUAAAGAAGAAAAUUCAUUCCGAUACCCAUAAGCAAAAUUUUACUUAAGGCUGUUUUACCAUGCAUUUAUCGACAAUCCAUCGUGCUGAGGACAACGUGUUCGAUGCACAAUCAAGCUUUGUUACAAGUUUUUCUACAUUUCAGUCAGUUAACCAAAGUGCUCCUGUGAAUUCCUUCAUGUUUGUUCUUUCUCCUUGUCAUAGGGUGCCUUUCCCGUUCUUCGUCAAAGAGUUAUUGUUUGUUUUAUUCACGGAAAUUAUCAUAGCUUUUAUUUUCGUGGUGAGAUUCACAAUGUACUGUACAUAUGCAUAUGCCGACCACUCACGUUCCAUAAAGAGUGUACAGUUUAUCAAUGUUAAAACAAUACUUCCCAGGGCAAUGAUUUCUUGCAAAUUUAAAACCUUUUAGCCAUUGUAAAAAUGCACCAGGUGCCAUUAUUUCGCCCUCAAAUACAAAAUGCUUGCUCCUUUCA